UCUUCGAGUGUUUACCGUUAUCGGUUGUUAUCGGUUCGCUCAGCUGGCAACGCCGACAAAAAAAAAAAAAAAAGAAAAAAAAAACAAGUGAAAAGAAAGCAAAACAAAAACAAGCAACGCCAAGAUCAAAGUUAAUUGAACGAAAGAGAAAAAAAUAAGAAAGGAAAGGAGCCGAAAUCGUAGAAUGUUAUUAGCGGCAGCGGCAGCGGCCUUUACGACUCUCGUUUGAAACACAAACAACGGAUAAGACUGUAUCAGCUUUAAUUUAGUGAUAAAAUCGAGCAACAGACCGAGCCACAAAGAGACCUGCCAUUGAGAGUCUCUCCGACUGAAUAGAUUAAAGCCCCCAACCCCCAGUUGUUCGACGUCUUUCGUUCAUUUCGCAUCAGUGCUUCUCCAGCCCACCGCCCACCUGCUCUUUUGUUUACCUUUCUUCUUCUUCUUCUUGUGCAUCCUUUGCAUCUCACGGAUCUGCCAGAUGUGCGUGAUAUUCUUCUGCGCCGACGCGCAGCCACUGGCUGGCGGCUACAAGCUCAUCCUGGCCUCCAACCGGGACGAGUUCUUCGCCAGGAACACCCAGACGGCCGCCAAGUGGAGCAAUGCCGAGCAUGUUUAUGGCGGCAUAGACUUGGAACCGGGCCGCGAGGGAGGCACCUGGCUGGCCAUAGGACACUCCGGCGGAGUCUUCAAGGUGGGGGCACUCCUGAAUCUCACCGGAGAGCCCAAGCCCCGCGAUGCAGUUGCGCCCAAGAGAAGGCACAUUCUGCAACCGCAUAAUCACAACAACAGCAAUGCCAAGAACCACAGCCACCUCCACAGCUCCACCCCAGUCUCAGAAACCACCAAUAGUCCUAUUAAUAGCUCUAGCACCACCACCACCACUUCCUCUGCCAAGAAACUGAACUGCCCAUCGAGUAAUGAUCAUUUCUUACUAGGACGCGGAAUGAUCGUGGCGGACUUUGUGGCCAAACAGGACGACCGGCACAGCAUCCUCAGCUACAAUCAGGACCUCCUCAAGGACUGCACCAAGUACAGUGCCUUUAACUUUGUCUCCAUCGAGAUCGGACCCUCGUCGCUGCCCGCCCGCGUGAAGCUGCUGAGCAACGUGCCGCCCACUCUGGAGGAGUUCGAGAACGGCGGCUGCUACGGAUUCGGGAACAGUCUGCCGCACACGCCCUUCGAGAAGGUGCGCCACGGCCAGGAGGCGUUCCAGGCCAUCGUUAAGGAGCACGGGCAGGCCAGUGUGGAGACCUUGUCCGGCCAUCUGAUGCAGUUGCUCAAGAAGAAGCACAAGUUCUGGCCGGACGUGGAGCUGAAGCGCCGGGCCCCCAACUGGGGCGAGGGACUGAGCUCCCUGAACGUUCAUAUCUCGGAGCAUGGCUAUGGGAGUCGCACCCACACUGUUAUCCUGGUGGAUGGGGACAACAAGAUGCACUUCAUCGAGGAGACAAUGGCGGGCCUGGACCCGGAGGGCGAGUGGCGAAGGACUCACAUCGAGAAGGAUUUUGGAAAUGGAAAUGGCAUUUGAUGGAGGGAUGUCCUUUAAGGACUCUCAUUUUGUAUCCUGGCAUUUACGACAAAGCACAAUAAUAAAUUAUUUUUAACAC